AUUCUAAACCUAAUGCAUUAUACUGUUAAUACACAUGAACUUAUUUUUACCUUUUGCAUAGACCAUAAUUAUGUUGUUGUCAUUCAUAAUUUGGGUUUAGGAAAGCUUUAAUUUGUUCUGCAACAGCUGUCUUUGAACCAAAGACAUUUCUUUAGUUACCUUUUUUAAGGAAUGUUUAUUUACGGACUCCGGGAUGUAGUUUUAGAUGUUACAUGAUAGAUGACACAUAUUUUUUCGAAUUAAGUAAACAGUGUUUUAAUAUAAACUUACUUAUUUGAUAAAAACACACACGGAAAAUAGCAAAUCAAAAGCUUCGUAAAUAGGAUCUAUGUUUAAUUAAAACAAGUAUACGUGCUAAGUGAUGUAUAUACCAUGAUUGUGUAGUAUUCAUGUUUAAUUGUAUCCUAAAGAGUACAGUUCCCAUUUGACAAAAGACAAAUAUGUGUUUACUGCUGUUGAACAAUACUCCAGUGAACAAAAUUUGAUUGAACAUCAGGAAACGAAUCCGCGAAAUAAACUAUUACAUUAAUUUGUAUAUACCUAAGUUAUAAUAAUACUAUAUCAAACAGGAUGUGUAUACUAAGUUCAUGCGCAGCGCAGGUAUGGCAUAGGUAUCCACUAAUAAACGAACAACCUCUACUGUAUACAUCCAGUUAAAGAUUACUAAAAAUGCAUUACUUUGUAAAUGAACGUUAUUAUCGCACAUUCUAGCAUAAAAUUACUGUUCUUGUAACUUUUCGGGGGUGUUUUAACAGAAGAGAAAUCGUGUGUAAACAGAGAGAUUCUCGCGCACACUUGUUGUAUAAAAACAUAUUUUUAUAUUUACAUUCGCCCUAUUCUUUCCAUUGAAAACUAUGACAUUCAUUUCGUAUGACCGGCGAAAGUUACGUCAAGGCUGCAGAGAGAUAACGGGCCGGUGUUUUGGCGACGUCCGCGUAUAGUUCGGGAGAACGUUAUGACGUCGCAGCUGUUCCGACUGGUGAACAGAAUAACCGGGAAGAUUGGAAUUUAUAAUACAAUCUUGUUUACAUAAAUAUAAGAAAUAAAACAUCUUUUUGGUGUUCAUUCGAAAUGAACGACAGAAUUGGAUCGGCAAAUUAAACAUGAAUCGCUAGCGGAUGUUUAAACAGGAAAGAAAACGUGUGUUAACAGAGGGAUUCUCGCGUUCACGUGCUGUUAAAACACCCUUUUAUAUAUGCGCGUUCCGUGGCAAAGCGUAAACGUAUUACGGCACGUCAACAACUCAGAUAUUCCCGCGCACUUCAUAGAAAUUAAAUGACGUUGAGGGAUAAAGCAUUUAUUUAAUACAUUUUUUCGCAUUUAUGUUAGAAUAACGUUAGCGCAUGUUCAUUUUGUGUUAUAACAUCUGCAUUGUCCCUCCGAAUACGUUGGUACCCUCGCCCUUCGGAACCGAUCCUUCGGGAUACUGCAAUUGUUAUAACACGAGAAAACAAGACAUGCGUUACAUUUGUGUUUAACCCCGAACAAAGACAUACAUGUUUUACAAUUACUGGUAUGGUCAACAGGUAUCGUGCAACAAUUUCUUACGGGGUGUUUUAUCUGCCCCGAGAAGAAAGUCCUAAUAGUUCAUCCUUGCUCUGCUCCGUGAUGAACAGUUUCAUUACUGACUAAGAGUGCCAGUAAUACUUUUAGAUUUCUUAAUGCCUUUUGAUUUAAGAUUCUCGUAAAUAAAGAAUAAGACGAUAUGCACAGUAACGAAAUAUGUUCAUCUGCAGGUUUUGGUGUGACCAACUUGGUGUUGCCAAAUGGAGAUGCGAAGACACAAACAGGAUAUAUUUCUUUGAUUGACAGUAGAGUUCAUUCAACAAAGACCUCAUAUAUACACAGUGAUAUGAGAGUGUAAACUUCUAUAUUAAAAUAAAGACUUUUUUUUCAUAAAUUUGUAGUAUUCAUAUCCGUCAGGCUCAGUUUGUUAAAUACCUCUUACAUAAACUUUAUUUCAGCCAGAUUUCUGACAUGGGCUCAAGUAAUAAAACGUGGCCGCUUCCUUCGUAGCUUCAGAAUGAAUAUUUUUUAAUUAUGUUAUGAAACGCACGUUCAUUUCUUAAAAAAAUACUUAAUAGCUUGAUUCUUUAAGAAGGUUUUUAUAUAAUUGUGGUCUGUUACCGGGCAGGUACGUUCAAGGUAAAGGCCGGUCUGGCACAAAUGGCAAAGGUUGGCAUUAUUAUGGACGUGACCAAUCCAGAGCAGGCGAGAAUUGCAGAAGAAGCAGGGAUAAGUACUUUUAUAAUUCAAUAAUCCCCCAACUUGAUUACAAAAUACAAUAUCCAGGGAUGUUGCUAGCCCACUUGCUGUUGGCAUAUGUUGAUAUUCCGAGGGGAACAAUUAGUUCGUUCACACUCCAAAGGUCACACGUUUGACCAAAAUCUUAAUCUGACAGUUUCCUUGUAACAGACUUCUACGAAUGAAUUGAAAUAAUCAAUAUAAAGUCUAGGCUAUAGUAUUUAUUUAAAAUUCAUUGCAUGCUCUAAUUAUUUUCAAAUGCAAUUCAACCAAAACGUGCAAAACUACUCUAAAUCUUUUAAUCUUAUGUUAAAACUUAGUUUUACCGUUUACAAGUUGCCAACAGAGUUUGUUUUUACAUAAAAGCAGAUUUGUUAAGAACAAGAAGCAUUCUUAAAGGUUCAAAUUUUACUUAUUUUUUUCUAAGAAAUAUAUUGACCAAUUUUGUUCAAAAUAAAUUACUAGAUCUAGAGCAUUGCAAUUUUGUAACUGAAUGUGUGAAAAUAAUGAAAGGUCUCGGUAUUGGUUUGGAAGAAAGAAAUGAAGCUCUUUAAAAACAGUUAAAAACUGAAAUGCAUCGUAUAAUAUAAUCUUAACCUAUAUAAUUGCAGGCAUGCGCAGUAAUGGCCCUGGUAAGAGUGCCUGCAGACAUACAUCGAGACGGUGGGGUUGCUAGGAUGUCUGACCCACAGAUGAUAAAGGAUAUUAUAGCAGCUGUAACGAUACCGGUAAUGGCGAAAGCGAGGAUCGGGCAUUUCGCCGAUGCUCAGAUUCUAGAAGCCCUCGGAGUAGACAUGGUGGACAAAUCAGAGGUUUUGAACCCAUCCGAUGAAGAAUACCACAUCGACAAACAUAAUUUUAAGGUCCCUUUCUUCUGCGGAGCACGUGAUCCCGGUGAAGCACUGCGCAGAAUCGCAGAGGGAGCUGCAAUGAUACGAACAAAAGGACUUGCUGGCACAGCUACCCCGGCUGACGUUUACCUCAUGAUGCAGCUAGGGGCUGAUGGCGUCUUCUUCGGCUCAGGGGUCUUCAAAAGUACAAACCCAGCGGAAAGAGCUGUUGCUAUGGCACAGACAGUCACACAUUAUAAAGAUGCCAAGCAGCUUGGCGAACUGAGCAGCAACCUCGGUCAAGCCAUGACUGGUGUUCCUAGGAAAGAGGCAUUAUCAAAUGGCGAAAAAUCCUAUGGAUGGUCAGUGAAAAGAGAUAAAACAAGCAUAUGGAACGCAACUCUAGGUGAUCCCGAAAAACUCGUGAAAAACGUUUGAAAUAUAACAGUAUUCAUAUUGUUAUUUUUUGUCCUUUCAUUAGACAUUAAAACGGGCAUUAAAUGCGACUUCAUCUAUGUUGGCAAACCUCUGUUCAAGAGAUGUUCAAAAUAUAGUCUUACAUAUGCAUUAAAAUACUUCAAGUGUUAAAAUUGGAAAUAGAAUUCAUGGACUUUAUAUUCACGUGAUCUGAGUAUAGAUUUGACUGUACAAGACACAUUGCCAUGACAUUAUGAACAUAUUAUACAAUAUGUAAGAGUUGCUCAGGACAUCCUCCCAUGCUCAGCAGUUGUAUAUAACAUUUAGAAUAUUUCAGGAUGUGUGGAGUUACAUGUAGAUUACAAUGCAUGGUACUGUUUAGAAGAAAAAAAUAUAUCAUUUCAUGUGUGUAAAUGUAAUUUAUCUGCCUCAUUAUAAAAACAGUAGUUACUUAUUCACUGUAAAACAACUGUUUCUGUAGGUUUGCUUUAAUGUACAGUACACAAAUGGUGGAUGACUGUAAAAAUGAGUUUAUGAUAUUAAUUGAAUGUAAAUAUACAAA